AUGCCAACAUCUGGACCAGUAUACCAACCAACUACAGUCAGUUAUGAACAACAAAGUGAAUGGUCACAGCCAUCAAAUGGCUUAAUCAAUCGUACCCUGAAUCACAUCCGUAACCCAAGGUGGUUCCACUGGUCGUUCAUUCUGAUCAGUUGGAUACUGAUUGCCAUUGGUGUAUUCUUGUUCCUGUCCAUUACCACAAACUUUGUGAACUCAGACAACACAAAGGACAAUUAUACAGAAGACAUAGCAUUCUUGGUUAUUGGCUCUUUCUGUUUUGUAUUUGGUGUUGUCCUAUUAAUAGGUUAUUUCCGAUACAUCAAGGACAAGGAGAGUUGCCCUUGCUUCAAUAGUAAAGCACGACAGAUGGAAUCUCAGUCUUCUAAUGGACAAGUACUCACAUUGAAUCCAUCUACAGACCUCUUGAUGGCAUCUGCACAGUAUGUACCAACUUCAGAAGCUCCACCCACAAUUAUCGAAGAGGAUGAAACUAGAAAAUUAAUGGGAAACGAUAACAAAGAUUGCAAUGACGAAAGGGACCACAUGUUAGUAACAAGCAACCCGCCGGUAGCGGCACUCCGCACGCAUGUACCAAGCGGAGUCUCGCCGCUUUCCGGUGAAGAUGCUUGA